GGGAAGGCGUGUGGAUGCGUGUGUGUGCGAGGCGCACAUCAUACACACAUCAGAUACCGCAGAUCCAUCAGCAGGCAGCCGGCAGGCAGGCAGGCAGCUGGAGAGAGCCCCCAGAGCCGGGCUGCAGGUGAGACUGCUGCUCCUCACAAGGUUGUGGAGGAGCGUUCGGCCCUGCCGAGCACCGAUGCUUUGCAGAGCACAGCGCCACGGAGCCCGUUGCUGCUAAGAAGGUCGCAGGCAGCAGACCCGUGCUCCUGGGCGCCCUUUCUCCUGCCACCCACCCGCCUGUUCCCAAAACGGAGGAACCCGCUGGCCCCACCAUGUCAUCAGACCCCAGCGCCCCACCAGCAGUGCCGCCCCUGCACUCCCCCAAGUCACCGGUGUGGCCCACCUUCCCCUUCCAGCGGGAGGGCAGCCGCAUCUGGGAGCGGGGCAACCUCCUGCUGCGGGACCUGCCCAGCCCUCUCCCCACCAAGAGGACCAGGACCUACUCGGCAACAGCACGUGCCUCUGCCGGCCCCAUCUUCAAGGGUGUCUGCAAGCAGUUCUCUCGCUCCCAGGGCCAUGGGUUCAUCACCCCUGAGAACGGCACAGAGGACAUUUUUGUGCACGUAUCUGACAUCGAGGGAGAGUACGUCCCAGUGGAGGGGGACGAGGUGACAUACAAGGUCUGCCCCAUCCCUCCCAAGAACCAGAAGUUCCAGGCAGUGGAGGUGGUCCUCACCAACCUGGCACCCCACACGAAGCACGAGACAUGGUCUGGCCAGAUCAUCGGCUCCUAGGCGCCCAGGGGGUCCGCCAGCCGCUCAGCCCCACAGAACAAGCCUGCCCAGCCGCUUGUGGGGGGCGCAGGGGGAGCUGAGGCGGCAACGGGGCUGGGGCUGCCCCAGAACACGCAGGUGUUUGCGUUCGGUGUCUUUUAUAAGGUUACGGUUUCCUUUCUCUGUGUGUGUUUGUAAGUGUCUGUCGAGGAGAACAGGGGAAGCAGAGCCGUCCCCUGCUGCCCCCAGCUCUGGGGACAGUGCCAAGCCCCAUGUCCCCUUCCUUGCCCCCGAGGCCACGGGGAGCAGAGGAACCAGUCCUACCCCAACCCCCCCAGCUGCCCCAGGCUGAAGCAGGUGCUGAGAGCAAGAGGGGGCCAGGGAGAGGCUGGGGGGGGGGCUUGGCUCAUCCUCUUGAACCCCACUCUGGCAAGAUGGGCACCUGCUUGGUCCUGCUGCCCACAGCACGGCAGCAGCGGGCCAUGCCGUGGGGCUGGGGAGAGACUGGGGGGUGUGGGGCGGUGUAUCACUGUGUGGGGGCUGGGUGGCUGAGACCCAUCCCCAUCACUGGCAGCUCACAGCACCUGCCUGAGCCAUGUCGCUCCAUCAGAAGAUCUCAGGUCAGCAGUGCCACGCGGAGGCGAGUGGCUUACAGAAAGAAAAAUUUUAGUUAAGGGGCAGAUGGGUGCUGGCAGGGUGCCAAGGGCACUCGGCAUUGUGCCUGGGGGGAUGCGCCUGGGCAUGGGGCAGGGGUGCACUUGGUACCUCUGUGCUGUGCUCCCCGUCGCCACUGGGCCGGUAACGCACUUUUCUUGGCUUGGUGCUGACAUGGUUUUGGGGAGAUGGCUGCCUUCUCCUCCUCCCCUUGUACCCCCAGCCCCCUGGGGACCCCCUUCCCACACGUGCACACGCGCACGCGUGUGUGUGCAACUCUGUAGCUUGCCGAGGGGGGCGAGGGGCUCAGGGGUUUGAGUAGCCUCAGCCGUGGGGUGAGCGCAGCCACCUCCUCCCCAGCCCCUUGGUGUAGGCAGGGUCUCAUAUACAAAGCACAAACUUCGUUUUUGGUCUUCGCCGCCGUACCCUGGCCAGGUGGGCUCCCACCACCCCGGGGAGGGACAGGCAGGGGGCGGUGGGACAGGGACAGCAUGCACUGGGCUGGGCCUGAGCUGACCCUAGGGGAACAGCACCUGUGCCGGCACUCCGGGAAUUAUCAGCAUCCUAAAGGGUUUAUUUCAAAGUGUGGUUGGGGACAGCGGGGUGCCAGCAGCUCCCCUUGAGCAAUGAAAGGUGACAGCUGGCUCUCCAGGCACCCGCUCAGCAGGAGCUGUGGGCACUGCUGGUCCUCAGCACUGAUGGAGAAGGGCCUUUUCCACCUUUCUUGCUGCCACUGUUGCAGUGGGGACAGGGGUCUGUCAUAAGCAGGAGAGGAGGGGUCAAGGCUGGUGCCACGUGGGACAGCUGGGGCCCUGUGGAUUUGGGAGGACCACUGUGCACUGCCCCAGCCCUGGCUGGUGUGGGGACUGCCCCGGGACCCCACAGCCCAUCUCACUACCAACCUGAAGCCCAGCUCGCCCAGAGGCUGUGGUGACACUGGCUCAGUCCCCAGGACAUGCAGUCAGCUUGGCCAAGGCAAACUUUGUUUGAUUCUUUUUUUUCUCUCUUUUUUUGGAAAUAAACUAAAACCCUAGACUUGUUGGUGUUUUUACAACUCCGGUGUGGUUCCCGCCUGUCUGGCUGUUUGUCGACCUUUGUAACAUUGGCAAUAAACCAUUAAAAGUGACUUUCCCAUGA